GGACACCCCAUCUAUGAAACUCAUUUUGAAAAAGGUAAACAAAAAGACAGCAUAAAAAAAUAGUCGACACACUUCGAGAAAAGGCCAAAAAGCCUCACCCAAAAACCGAAAGUACACACAAAUCCACCAUAGCAACCUGCAAAUCAUCAGUAGAUAAAAAAAGGAACGCACUUUAUAAACCAACUGCUCAAAAAAACCUCAUCCCACAAAAAAGGGCACCUCCAAAAUCCACAGACUUUCUUCUCCAAUCAGAGAGAGAAAAAAGCUUCACACCCAUAACAAUGGCAGCUCAAAAAGACGAAGAAAAACGAAGCCUUGACGGCCAAGAACAGAAACUUCACAUUUACAACGACGAUGACCAUCAUUAUCAGAAGCUGCUGUCCUCGUACCUCGGCCUCAGCUUCGCAUUCUUCCUCGGGUCCCUGCCCAGAAGCUCAAUCGCACUAAUCUCGAGCCUCCAGGCCAAGAACAAAGCCCUGGCCUCGAAGCUCAUGCGGGCGGAGGAGCAGCUGGGCGAGCUGCUCUCGCGGCGGAAGGAGGACUCGAAGGCCAACGCUAGGGUUGUCGAGAUCUUCGCGAGCCACCGGCACUCGUGGCAGCAGGAGGAGAAGCGGCUGCUACUCCAGAUCGACGAGUGCAGCGAGGAGAUUGCAUAUCUGAAGGGGAAAAUCGAGGAAUUUGAGGGCGUGGAGGCCGAUUUGAAGGCGAGGGUCGAGGAUUUGAGGAGGGAGGUCGGCGAGAGGGACGAGAUGUUGAAUUUCAUGAGCAGAGGUGGUUGCGAAGUAGCGGCGGAGGGUGGCGACGGCGGCGGUGGCGGGGAGAGGUACGGUGGCGUGGAGGUGAGGUACGGUCAGGCUAAUUGUGACGGUGGGGGUUUCAGUUCGGAUUACCUGAGUUCUGUCACAGAUUCGAAGUAUUGGUCUGAGAAAGCAAGCCUUUGGCAGGACAUGCAUUACGAAUCGAUUGAAUCACUUUACAAUAUGAAGCAUUUUGUGUCCAGAAGGGAAUCCCCUUGGAAAGUCAAUGGUGACUCCACCGGAGUCUCUUCUAAGUUAAAAGUGCUCGAGCAAGAACUUCUGAAUUUAGAAAGAAUCGGAAAAGCAGAUCUCUCUAAGGUACCAUCACAAAUGCGAAAGCAGGCCAAGAGGUAUCAAGCAUUAGCCGGAAAAAUCGACGAUCUUUGCCAAAGAAUGCAAGCAAGCGAUCCAUGCGAAACGAGCCUCAGCUCAGAGUUUCGAACACAAAUGCAAACUGAAUUCCUGCUCGAAGCCUUUCGUCUGCAGCAGCGUGCAUCCGAGACCAACCAAAAGCUGUUGGGCCUUCAGACAGAAACGGGCAAGAGCUACCUCGAAGGCCCGGCCCAAUUGGCCACAAAACGGUCAUUCGACUCGAUCCGGAACAAUUUCAAGGAAAUUCAAAGGAAUUUGGAAAUAUGGCUUGCCAGGAUUAUAGGUGACCUCGAGGGGCUUUUGGCUCGAGAUGGUGCCUCUCGUGCGAGAGAAUAUUAUGUCUCGAGGUAUCCCUUUGUGCAGUAAUUUUUAUUUAUUUAUUUAUUUAUU